AUGCUUCGGAGCCGCGCCGCCCGACGCGCCUCGGCGCCGUCCGUUCUUCCGAGCAAGGGCGUCCGCCUCGAGCCGCAAGAGGUCAACCAGGACGACGGCCACGGGCCGCAGGAAGAGGACGAGACGGACGAGAAGGAGCCAGCGCCGCCACUGAGCCCCGAGAAGGCUGAAGAUGGCGCCAAGGACAACAACCAAGACGACGACGAGCCAGUCGUGCUCGGUAAUAUCGUCCUCGAGGAAGACGAAGCGCCACCGGAAGCGCCGUCGCCGAGCCGCGACGUCGGGCGGCUACCGCCCAUGGCGUGGAUCGUCGCGUGGAAGAAGCGCGAGGUGUGGCCGCAUGUGCUAGCGUCCGUGCAAACGCCGCUUCUCGCGUAUCGGUACGACCAGAGCGUCGACGAUAAGCUCGCAACUGCGACACGCAACCGCCGUGCGCUCCUCGAGACGCGGCAACGCGCAGCCCGAGCGCACAACGACCAUGUCGCCCACGCCCUCUUGCUACGACGCGACGCCGCAGCCGCAAGUCGCAAGGCGCGGAGCGUCCGCGCCGCCGAGCGCUUGCACGACGCUGAGGCCCGCCGCAGUGCCUAUGUGGCGGCCAAGCAGCGCACGGCGGUCGCAUUUAUGGAGCCGACCAUUGAUUCUUCGACGCCGGUCGCGGACGAGAGUCUGUGGGAAGCCUCGUCGCGGCGCAUCGCAGCGGCGAGUGCUGCGCGCAUUGCGCUCCUGCAUGAGAAGAGCGCGCGCGCCGGCAGCAUUUUGGAGCGCGCGAAGAGCAUCGCGGCCGACGUGGCGUCGCUCCACGACCAGUACGCGACGCUGGCGACGCACGACUUGCAGCAACGGCUGGCGCGCGCCGAAGUCCGCCGGCUCAUCGUGCUCGACAAGCGCCGGCUCCUCGCGGGCCGCCAUGGCAACUACGUGCGAUCUGCGGCGCAUGCGCGCUGGCUCCAUACACAGCGCGUGCGCGAGCGGCGGGACCAUACAGCGCAGUUUCGUGCCCAGUGCCUUCGGUCGCGCUCGUUUGUGCGGCUUCGGUCGGCCGAGAUCCGUCGGGCGCUGCAUCUGGCGGCGAUCCGCGCCGGCGCCGACGAAGCGGCUGCGAAGCGUGACGCCGCGCGCCUCCGCGUGCAGUUUGCCACCGAGUCGCUUCGGGCGCAUCUUGAGUUUCGUCUUUUGCGCGCCGACGAGAAGCGUCUUUUAUAUAUGGCCGACAAGGUCGCGGCCGCCAUUUUCUUUGCCGCCCAAGGCGAGAUUGUGCGUCGGCGGCUCGCGAGCAGGGAAGAGGCGCGUCGACUGACGUACGCGUACGGCAUGGAGAGCGCAGGCUUGCGCACAUCGAUUGCUCGGACGCAGCGCGCGCGGUCGCACCUCCUCGCACGCGCACUCGUCGCCGGGCGGCAGAAAUACCUCGCCGACGCGCGGGCCGAGCGCGGGUUCGUCGCAGCCAUGCGCCAUGGAAACGCUGCCGACCGUCGAGACGACGUGCGCGAGGCCAAGCAAGAGACGGCGCGACGCACGAUCCAGCGCGUGACGUUUGCGCGCCUUGAGCGGCAGUCGACGGACGUUGUCGACGCGGCCGUCAAGACAGCGAUGGCAGCGACGAUCGCGCUCCACGCCGAACGGCGGCGCGUGGCACUACUCCAAGCGCGGGCAGUUGGCGCGCGGGCGCAGAGUCGACGGGCCCGUGAUGUGGCGCGGGUCCAAAAGAUCGCGCGCCGCAUCGAAGCGCUCGCGCUCUGCGAGCAGCGCCUUGACGAGAGUGCCAAGCGGCGAGCAAUGCUCUUGGCCCAACGCAAGCUCGGGCUGAGCGCGAGCCAGCUCCAGCCGUUUGCAGGUCUCGUCGUCGUUGGCACCGCCAUCCCGCUGCCCUACUCGGCAUGAGCUUGUCCUGCCGCGCGAUGUAUACUUGGUAUAUAGGCCUCAACGGUGCUCUUCUGUAUGCGUGUAAAUAAGAUGCAUGUUCUUUUCGGUUCCA